AUGGUCAGAUUCAAAAACAGAUACUUACUCAUUCAGUUAAUCUAUGGUCCCCACGAGAGCUCGACGAUCGGGUCUAAUCAUCAGUCAGGUCCAUCAGGAACCAAGCAAGUUAACGAAAAGAGUCUGAUCGACUUGAUCCGGCAAUCCAUCCAACUCAACUUCGGUGACCUUGGGGCCGGUGAAGCUGGUGCUGAUCUCACUGUCAAGUAUUAUUCACCCACUACGUCCAACUUAAUCCUCAGGUGCAAGAGAGAUCAAGUCACAAAAGUUAGAGCGAGCUUACUAUUCAUCAACCAAAUCAACCCUCAAACUCCAGUGAUCUUCAACGUCAUUCAUGUCUCAGGGACGAUUCGGAAAACGCAGAGCUUUCUGAUCGAGUUCGAUCGUCAACAGAUCUUAUCUUUCGAUUAAAGAUCUUCAUCUCCUAUCAAAAACACGCAAACACAAUUAUUCACUUAUCCGAAAAAACAUCUAAGAACGCGUCUUACGAUCUUCCACAACAAACCACCAGUCAGCUUAUAACAGUCCGCUUGGAAAAAAUAAAAACUCAACCUGCCAUCAUUUCAGUUGUAAUAAUAUCAUACCGUCACUCGUUCAUUUUGCUUUUUGUUGACCAUCACAGCCAUUAUUUACUUGAAUGGCCUUACUUUGGGAUUGGGUGGGAGGGGGGGGGGGGGGAGGUGUUUAUU